AUGACCUCGGCAGGUCAGACCAACCGCUUCGUUUGCUAUGUCUUGGUGGGCGACACCAACGGACACAUCGGUCUUGGCUCCAAGUGCGCCAAGGAGGUGGCCACGGCCAUCCGCGGCGGGAUCAUCGCUGCCAAGCUGAACCUCAUCCCGGUGAGGCGAGGCUUCUGGGGCAACCGAAUCGGCCUCCCACACACCGUGCCCAUGAAGGUCCAUGGCAAGUGCGGUUCGGUCCGCGCCCGCUUGAUCCCUGCCCCGCGCGGCUCGGGCAUCGUUGGCUCACCGGUCAUGAAGAAGAUGAUGGCAUUCGCGGGCAUCUCUGACUGCUUUACUUGCUCCUGUGGCCACACCAGGACCACGGCGAACUUCGCCAAGGCCACCUUCGAGGCUUUGAAGGCCACCUAUGGCUACCUGACACCUGACCUGUGGAAGCCCACGAACCAUACGAAGUCGCCCUUCCAGGUGGAAUCAAACACCGAAAACGGUCCGAAAACGGUCCGUCAUCGCAAGGCCUUUUUUCGUGAUGGGGCGCUGUGA